GCUGCAGCCUUCCGCCGGGCGACGCCAUCUGCUCGGGGCCGGGCCGGGCCUCCCGUCGGAAAAAGCCCCCGAGGAGCGGCCCUCCAGGCCCCGCAGCCGUCAUCCCAAUUUGCUCAAAGUACAGGUUGUGCAAAGCGGCGGCGCGCGGCGAGCGCUCCCCGGCUCGGGGGCAGUUUCUCCGCGGGGCGAGCUGCUCGCUGGCUGACUCAGGAGCAGGGCUGCUGGAGCUGCCCCGGCCGGGCACGCAGGCGCCCCGUUGCUGAAGCCCCUCCGUGACAGCGGUAGCAGCAGGCCCUGCUCAUGGCGACGGUGACGAUGCAGCUGAGUGGCCUGGUGCUGGCCAUGCUGGGCUGGCUGGGCACCAUCCUCUCUUGCGCACUGCCCAUGUGGAAGGUGACGGCCUUCAUCGGCUCCAACAUUGUGGUGGCCCAGGUCUUCUGGGAAGGGCUGUGGAUGAACUGCGUGUAUGAGAGCACGGGGCAGAUGCAGUGCAAGGCGUACGACUCGCUGCUGGACCUAACCUCCGACCUGCAAGCAGCCCGCGCCCUCGUGAUCACCUCUAUCAUUGCGGCCUUCUUUGCCUUCCUUACCGCCAUCAUGGGUGCUGAGUGCACCCGCUGCGUGGAUGACAACGGGGCCAAGAUGAGGAUCUCCCUUGUGGCAGGCGCCAUCUUCAUCGUGGCUGGCAUUGUGCUGCUCAUCCCCGUGUCCUGGUCCGCCAAUACCAUCGUCAGCAACUUCUACAACCCCAUGGUACCCCAGGCGCUCAAGAGAGAGCUGGGGGCUGCCCUGUACAUAGGCUGGGCCUCCAGUGCCCUCCUGCUCUUUGGUGGAGGUAUCUUGUGCUGCUCCUGGCCGCCAGCCCAGCAGGAUCCCUACCCCAAGAAGUACAGAGCAGUGAAGACCUGUACCCCUAUGAGCUACCCCAUGAAAGACUACGUGUGAGAUGCCCUUCCUGGAAAAAGCUGUUCCCCGCCCAGCCUCGCCACUCGAUUGCAGGGCCCUGGAGCUGCCAGCUCAAAAGAAAACACUGCUGAGCCUGGGGGUGGUGGUUUAUUGGGUCCCCAUCCCACCCUAGAGCUCCUGUCUGCCUGUGUCCCACCAGUCCCCUCCCUGCUUGCGCACAGCCUCCUCCUUCCUCACCCUGCUCUCAACCUCACCGAGGAUUAUGCUGUCACCCUCCUGCCCCCCUGCCAUGUGUGGGCCCCUCCCCCUCCCUGUAGGGAAAGGGGGUGGCCAGAUCCUGCUCACAGCCUGCUGUCCCCAUGGCAGUGCCACCACGGUCCCCCGUGAGACACAGCCACAUGUGGGCUACCUUCACGCUCUCCUUGGAUGCUGCUGGCUGCUUCUGAUUCAUUUAUAAAUGUCUGGGUGCCCCCGA